UCUGCUCCGCUCCUCACAUUAAGUCCACGGCCACUCGGCAGUCGCCUUCCAAGCACGCACAAGGAAGCUGGGGUCCAAAUGGCGAGCACCGCACCGCCGCUACCGCUGCUCCUCCUUCGGCUGCUCCUCGCCGGUGUCGCUCUCACACGAACCGCGGAGACGCUGCGGGCCGAACGAGGAGGCGACGACGGGACGCCCGGAGGCAGCGAGGGCCACGCGUCAGGGACGCCGUGCGAAAUCAAGACCGUCACCGUCUCCACGUUGCCCGUGCUCCGGGAGAACGAGUUCAGCUUCACCGGCGUGGGAGCCUCCGGGAGUGCGGUUGGAACAGGAGGAGGAGGUGCCGCCGGAGCAGGUGGCGCCGCUGGAGGAGGACCAGGAGGAGGAGGAGGUGGGGAGUCGCGGCUCCUGUUAUUCGUCAGGACGGAUGUACCUGGGAGGAUUUCCGUUAUGGAUGAUCUUGACAACACGGCUCUUCCUUACUUCACACUCGAGAUGUCUGGGACGGAGGAGGACAUUUCUCAAGUGCACUGGAAACAGCAGUGGUUGGAAAACGGGACGCUGUACUUCCACGUGUCCAUGACCGAAUCGGAGCUGGUGGCCCAAACGACACAAGCGUCCGCACGGGAACCUGCGCACGUGCUGCACGAACACAUGCACCUGCUGCACAUCUCCGUUAUGGGUGGCCUCAUCGCCCUUCUCCUUCUCAUUCUCCUUUUCACUCUGGUCCUCUACACUCGCCACCGAUGGUGCAAGCGCCGCCGCAUCCCCCAGAAGAGCGCCAGCACAGAGGCCACACACGAGAUCCACUAUAUCCCUUCGGUUCUGCUGGGACCCCAAGGGAGGGACAGCUACCGUGGAUCCAGAGGAACUCACCAGCACAGCGGCUCCGUCAUCGGCAUGCCCAUCCGGGAGACGCCCAUCCUCGACGAUUACGACUGCGAUGAAGACGAUUCGGUGGGGCGCUCGUUGAAUUCCACCCCCAACCAACUGCACAACAAAGUGAGCGACGGGAAGAUCCAGGACGACUAUGGGGUCGGGAUCGGCUACGGAGGACACACUGACUACAAGGAGGAGGAGCUUAAGCAUAAUUUGGACAAACGAGCGAUUGACCCGAACAGAGAGGCGGUGGAAGAUUUGAUGCAGAGGUUCCAGGACAGCUUCCGCGUUCCGAAAACUUCGCCGGACAUUUCUCACUACCAGCACGUCAUCCACAGCUCAUCUACCGGCCGCCGGAGAAUCCCCAGCCACACCAGAGCAAGCGGAGGCGUGUUUGGGCCUCAAGGAGAAUCAGGGUCAGAUCCCGAAGACGACAACCAAAUGAAGUUUUACACCGAGCAGCACAGAGGACGACGGCGCAGCAAAGGCCACCCACACAGUCCUCUAAAUAAGGUCACCCUGACAUUGAUUACCAUCAGCACCUGUGUCGUCGCCAUUGUCUACGCCACGCAGGAUUCCUGCCCACUCACUGUCAAGGUCACGCUUCACGUGCCCGAGCACUUUGUCGCAGAUGGAAGUAGUUUUGUGGUGGCCAUGGGCGGCCUCCUGGAUGUUUCCAACUGGUUGAACCCAGCCAAGCUCAUCCUGUACUACCAGACCAAUUCGUCCAAACAGUGGGUCCGAGACUACUGCGGACAGAGGACCACAGACCCCUGCGAGCAGGUCUGUGACCAGGACACAGGAGAAUGCAGCUGUCAUGAAGGCUAUUCGCCGGAUCCCGCCCAUAAACACCUAUGUGUUCGCAGCGACUGGGGUCAGAAUGAAGGACCUUGGCCGUAUGCUAACCUGGAGAAAGGUUAUGACCUGGUAACCGGAGAGCAAGCCCCAGAGAGAAUCUUCAGAUCACUCUACAGUCUGGGUCAAGGCUUGUGGCUGCCCGUCAGCAAGAGCUUUGUGGUGCCGCCGGUGGAGCUGUCCAUCAACCCCAUCGCCAGCUGCAAGACUGACGUGCUGGUGAUUGAAGAUCCGGGGGAGGUCAGAGACGAAGCCAUGAUGUCCACGUACUUCGAGACAGUCGAGGACCUUCUGGCAUCUUUCGGGCCCGUCCGUGACUGCUCCAAAGACAACGGCAACUGCAAGAAAAAUUUCAAGUGUGUGUCGGACCGCCAGUUGGACUCAUCUGGCUGCGUGUGUCCUAGUGGGCUGAGGCCGGUGAAGGAUGGCUCCGGUUGCUAUGACUACUCCAGGGGCAUCGACUGCACGGACGGCUUCAACGGGGGCUGCGAACAGCUGUGUCACCAGCAGCUCGUACCUCACGAAGACGAGCCCGGAUCCAGCAAUGUGCUCAUGUACUGCGGGUGUGUGCAGGAGUACAAACUGGCGUCGGACGGGCGCUCCUGUCUUUUGCAGUCCGACAACUGCGAGGGACCCAAAUGUCCGCGGAAGGCGGCUCACUUCAACGACACCUUGUUCGGGGAGAUGCUGCAUGGAUACAACAACAAGAGCCAGCAGGUCAACCUGGGACAGAUUUUCCAGAUGACCUUCAGAGAUAAUAAUUUCAUUAAGGACUUCCCCCAGUUAGCCGACGGCCUCAUGGUUCUCCCUCUGCCAGUGGAGGAACAAUGCAGAGGCGUGUUGUCUGAACCGCUGCCUAACCUGGAGCUUCUAACAGGCGAUGCCAAGUACAAUGAAGCAGCAGGUUACCCAAUGGUUCAACAGUGGCGAGUACGAAGCAAUCUGUACAAAGUCAAGCUGAGUUCCAUCACUUUGGCUUCAGGUUUUGCACAGGUUCUUAAGACGCUGUCGGGGCAGAGCACACGUGAGGAGCUGUUGGCCUUCCUCCAGCAAUACGGCAGCCACUACGUAUCGGAAGCGCUGUACGGCUCCGAGCUCAACUGCAGCAUCCACUUCCCCAGCAAGAAGGCCCAGCAGCAGCUUUGGCUUCAAUAUCAGAAAGAGGCGACAGACCAAGGGGUUGGCGGAAUUGGCAGUGGGCGUCACGAGCUCAAGUCGGUGCCCUUCAUCAGCUACCUGUCAGCGCUGCAGAAGACCCAGCUGUUGUCCGACGAUGCGGUGAAUGGCGUGGAGAUCAGCUGCGAGGAGAAGGGCAGCUGUCCGGCCGGAUGUCACCUGUGCCGCCACCAGGCCGCUACGGUGGGGUCAGCGGCAGGGAGAGGCAGGGGCGGCGAGCAGCCUUCGCCCAUCCCAGUUCUUUUGGAAGUCAGCCGUGUGGUGCCCCUCUACAGCCUGGUGCAGGACAACAUCACUAAAGAGGCUUUCAAGAGCGCCACGAUGAGCUCAUACUGGUGUGCCGGAAAGGGCGACGUCAUUGAUAACUGGUGUCGCUGUGACCUGAGUGCCUUCAGCAGAGACGGCCUCCCCAACUGCAGUCCCCUCAGGCAGCCGGUCUUACGCCUGGCCCCCUACCUGGAGCCGUCCAGCACAAUGGUAGCCCUGGAGUGGUUGGACGUGGAGCCACUGAUUGGGGGAAAGGUUUCGGACUACAUCAUCCAGCAUAAACGUGUGGAGGACCCAUCAGAGGCUGAAGUCUACACAGGUGAAGUGUUGAGCUUGCUGGACGAUCUCUUCUCCGGCUUGGGUUCAUCCUGUGUCGUGCCCGGGAAGAGGAGUGGCGACCGUCCCCACACUCUGCUUUAUUCCGUCGUUUUCAAGUGCCUGGAGCCCGACAGUCUCUACAAGUUCACUCUCUAUGCAGUGGAUAGCCGAGGCAGUCAUUCAGAGUCCAGCUACGUCUCUGUACGGACUUCCUGCCCCAUGGUGGAUGACAGCCGAGCUGAAGAAAUAGCAGACAAAGUGUACAACUUGUACAAUGGCUACACCAGCGGUAAGGAGCAACAGAUGGCCUACAACACCUUGAUGGAAAUCCCUCCGCCUCUGCUCUACCGAGUCCAGCACCACUACAAUUCCCUCUAUGAGAAGUUUGGAGACUUCGUCUGGCGCAGCGAGGACGAGUUGGGCCCCAGAAAGGCCAACCUGAUCCUCCGCAGGGUGGACAAGAUCAGUCACUACUGCCGCUCGCUCCUGCGCAGCACCCACAUCCAGAGCCGCAGCGACACCAUGGCGUACGUCUACUGCCGCAGCGACGAGGGUCGACCGCCCGGCGGGACGUGGCGCAGCUCAUUGCACGAGGGACGUACUUCCUGCACGGAGAAGCUCAUUUCUGUACAGCGUAACACGUACAGCAGCACGAAACUGCGAUGAAACGUAAGUAUGGGAGACAUUUUGGGACAUCAUUGACUGCAGCAGACACAACGGACGCCAUGUGGGACUUACUUUCAUUUGGAAGACCACAGAAAAAAACUUGAAAAAAUGAGAGAGCGACAUCAACGUGUAAGAUAGUCUUCAACCAAAAGCUAAAGUAGUUGGUUUAAAUACUUUGAAUGUAACUAUGUGUUUUUUUUGUUGGUGCUUCCACCUGAAGUACCGAAAAAAAAGAGAAACAACCUUUUUAUGAGAAAUGAAAAUGAAAUUAAAGUCAUGCACAACACUUUUGGUGUUUAGGUAGCGCUUGACAAAGACUUUUUCCAAAAUGUAAGCAAAGUUUGAAUUGAAAAAGUUUGAAAAUUCAGCAAACAAAAAAAAAAUGACAACAUAACCUGAUGAUUGUACUCUAGUUGAUGUUCUACUUGGUGGACAUUUGCAGGUUUUGGACUCCAUGUAGCUUUCAUAAACAUGUCGUUUACCUCCUCUUUGGGUUCCUAUGGUGAAUGCACACACACAAUCUAUGUGGCAUACCAUGGAAGUCCUAUCAAUGAUAACCACCAACUUUCAGAAUAGAAAUCAACAGGAAAACCCGGUAAUAAACCAAAAAAAAAAGUGAAGCUGUGAAUACCGUGCUGUGUUAUGAAGCGGCGGCGCUUCAGCCAUUUAGCUUUCAUGAUUUUAAUUGACACAAAAUAUAACUGAUCAUUCUUCUCCAGUUGACAUGUUGGACAUGAAAGCGUUUGGAUUUUAUGCAGCAAUCAUGAAGAUGUACUUUCCAGGCUUCCGAUACAGCUCCUGUGAUUGGUUCAAAGGCUUGAGGUCCAUGUUGAUGGGGAGAUGAUGAACACGAUGAUUCAUUGAAAUCGUCUCCACAAAGGAAUUAUUGCCCCCCCUGCGGGGACAGUCACCUGCAAUUGAGCCUGUUCUCAAGAGAAUUUAGUAGGCUUUUGUACAAAAAUAUGAAAGCUUGUUCAUAUUUAUUACAAUUUAAAAUUUUAUAAGUUAUUUUAAUUAUUUACAGUUUAUCAUAACAUGUUAGAUCUAAAAAAUAGUAUUUUAUAUUAAAAAAAAGUUUACACUUUAGUGUUAAGUUAAUUCUUUUGAAAUGAUAAAUAUCUAAAAAAAUAAAUGUAAUCUUUUUUUUUUCCAGUUUUUUUUUUCGGUCUCCAAAAUGUAAUAAUUUUUUUCAGUUUUCUUUUUCGGUCUCCAAGGUUGUCCCCACGGCCAGGAGAAUUGUUUUCAUCAAAUUUGACGAUGCCUUUUUUCCACUCUUUUCAUCUCAUGUUAUAUAAAUUGUAAUAAUAAAUGAUAAUGUACAUUGUAUACAUGUAAAAAAAUGUAUUAUGUGGACUUGAUUGUCAUUUUUUCUGAAGAAUGUGUAAUAUUAAAAAUGUAUAUACAGUACAUUGUACUGAUACUGAAUGAUGUGAUCA